AUGGCCGACGACGGCAAGUCCAAUGACCAAAUCCUCAGUGAGCUCGACGCACUCAGCCACACGCUCUACCAGGCGCACAACAAGCGCCGCACCGCCUCGCUCGCGCUCCCUCGCUCGGCCGGCGACGACAAUGCAGGCGGCGCUGACGCUGUCCGCGCCGCGGCUCGCCCGCUCCCCCGCCGCCUGUCCAUGUCGCCGUUCCGGUCGAGGCCUAAGCUCGACAAGAACUUGAACGCCGAUGAUGACGACGACGACGAUGACGACGUCGGCGCGGCGCGGCCGUCCAAGAGCCAGAGCUUCGCCGCGGUGACAACAUCGCCGACCGUGGCCGGGGAGAAGAAGGGCAUUCGGGGAUGGAAGCCGAUCCGCGCGUUGUCGCGCAUCGGCAUGCAGCGGAUGGGCUGCCUCUUCUCCGUGGAGGUGGUGGCCGCGGAGGGCCUGCCCACGUCCAUGAAUGGGCUGCGCCUCGCGGUGGCCGUGCGCAAGAAGGAGACGCGCGACGGCGCCGUGCAGACCAUGCCGUCGCGCGUGCACCAGGGUGCGGCCGACUUCGAGGAGACGCUCUUCGUCCGGUGCAACCUCUACUGCAGCGGCGGCGGCGCCACGGGUAAGCCGCUCAAGUUCGAGCCCCGGGUGUUCCUCGUAUCUGCGGUGGCCGUGGAGGCGCCGGAGCUCGACUUUGGCCGGAAUGCCGUGGACUUGAGCCUUCUCGUGAAGGAGUCCUCAGAAAGGAGCCAGCAAGGGGAGCGCGUCAGGCAGUGGGACAUGGCGUUCCCACUCGCCGGUAAGGCCAAGGGCGGCGAGCUCGUCGUCAAGCUGGCGUUCCAGAUCAUGGAUGACGGAGGCGUCGGGCUGUACAGCCAACCGGCCUUUGCAGGCAAAACUAGCUCCUCUUCGUCCUCCUCCUCGUUUGCUCGGAAGCAUAGCAAGUCGUCGUUCAGCAUCACGAGCCCCAAGGUUGUGCGCUCGGAGCCGGCGCUGAUACCGCCCAAGGGCGCGCCAUCGCCGGACUUGCUGGGCAUUGACGAUUUCAAGCUCGAUGAGCCGAGCCCGGUGGUGGCCAAGGUCAAACAGGAGCAGGAGAAAGAGCCGGAGCGCGUGCCCGAGGACGCGAAAGCCGAUGACUCGGAGUUCCCGGAGUUCGAGUUCGACAUCAUCGACAAGGGCGUAGAGGUGCAAGAAGAGAAGGAGGAUGAACCGAAAGAAGAGGUUGACGACAAGAAAGAAACCGGGGAGGUGGAAGAGGAGGAGGAUGCUUCAGCGGCUGCCGGCGAUGAGGUGGUCAAGGAGGUAGUGCUCGACAGCGCGCACACGUGGCGCCUCAACGAACUCGAGGCGAUCACCAACCAGAUCAAGGCCCUCGAGAAUAUGAUGCACGGAGACGUGCUGGAGGCUGGCGCCAAGUCGCCGGAGCGGCAGGAGGACGAGGUCGCGGUGCUCGAUGCCGACGAGGAGGAAGUGACUAGAGAGUUCUUGAUGCUGAUGGAACAAGGAGAGGACAACGACGCGAACGCCAAGUCGUUGGCUCCUCAGGUGUCCUCUCUCAAGUCCGGCGCGAAGCCCGGCCCUGGCGUCGACGCCACGUGCUACAUCUCUGACCUCGGCAAGGGGCUUGGCCCCGUCGUGCAGACCCGGGACGGCGGCUACCUGGCGGCCACGAACCCAUUCGACAUCCCGGUGGAGCGGAAGGAGCUCCCCAAGCUCGCCAUGCAACUGUCGAAGCCGUUCCUUCUCCGCGACCAGAAGCUUCCCGGCGGUGGCGCCGAGGUGUUUCAACGCCUGUGCGCGGGCGGGUCUGAGGCACUGUGCGCGAAGCUGGCCGCGCUCAUCUCCAUGGACGACGUCAUCGGCAAGACAGCCGAACAUAUCGCGUUCGAGGGCAUGGCCUCCGCGAUCAUCAGCGCACGGAGCAAGGAUCUCGUCGCGAGCUCCAGCGCGGCCGAGUCCGUCUCGUUGCUCCGGACAAUGUCCGUGGCGAUGAACUACGGGCGCCAGGAAAGGAUCGCCACAGGCAUCUGGAACGCCCAGGAGGCGCCGGUGACUGUCGACGAGAUCCUGGCGUUCUCGCUGCAGAAGAUAGAGACGAUGGCCAUAGAAGCGUUCAAGGUCCAGGCCGGCAUGACCGACGAGCAGGCGCCGUUUGAGGUAUCGCCAGAGACGGCACAGGCCGGGCACCUUCUGGACACCGCCGUGCCACCGGAGGAGUGGGCGAGCGCCGGCGCCGGCGUGGACGCCGUCACUUUGCUCGUGGUGGUCCAGAUGAGGGACCCCCUGCGCCGGUACGAGGCCGUGGGCGCACCGUCAGUCGUGAUCAUCCAGGCCGUGCGGGCCGGCGGCAGCAGCGACGACGAGCCGAGGUUCAAGGUGGCAAACCUGCACCUCGGAGGCCUGCGGCUGAAGUCGCCGGACCGGCGCAACAUGUGGGACGGCGAGAAGCAGCGGCUCACGGCGAUGCACUGGCUCGUCGCCUACGGGCUAGGCAAGGCCGGCAGGAAGAACCGGGCCGCGGUGGCGGGGAAGGCCGGGAAUGAAGUACUGUGGAGCAUGUCGUCGAGGGUUAUGGCUGACAUGUGGCUCAGGCCGAUGCGCAACCCGGACGUGAAGAUCCAUUAG